AUGAGCAAGCAGCGCGUGAUGCCGGCGCCGGCCGCCGAGCCGCGGCUCAAGAUGCCGGUCGACCGAUUCGCCAUGAUGCGCCAAGUCAACCAGGAGGCGAACGCAUCCGCAUUUGAUACAGUGUCGGCGACGCAGAACCACCGCGAGCGCAAGGAGCAAGAGACGAAGCGCCGCGCCGAGGCGCGGCUGCUCAUGGAAGCCGAAGAGAAGCGAACGCGGCAGAUCCUGUCGGCCGAGGCCGCUGCCCGGUACGCGGCCGCCGAGAAGGAGCGCAAGCGCAUUGAAGCCGAGGAGCGGCAGCGACUGCUCGAGGUGCACCGCGCGCAGAUGGAAGCGCAGAAAGCUGCGGAAGCCGCCGACCUCGCGCGCAAGCUCACGGAGCGCGAAGCGCGGCUGAAAAAGAUGAAGGAAGAGGCGGAUCGCAAGGUGCGGGAAGAGUACCAGAAGAAGGAGGCGGCCAAGCGCGCGGAAAUCAACCAAGUGCGCCAGCUGCAGCAGCAGCAGACCGAGCGCGAGCUCAUGGAAGCCGAAGAAGAGGCCGAGCGAGACCGGCUGCGCAAAGCCGCCGAGCAAGCGGCGAUCCAAGAGCGGAUUCGCGCAGAAGAGAUCAAGUGGAAGGCGUGGGAGGAAGCGGAGGCGAUCAAAGAGGCGGAGGCCCUCGCGGCGCGGCGCGCGCUACUCGCCGCGCAGUACGAAGAGGACAAGGCGCGGCGCAUGGACCUCCAUCGCGUCCGAAAAGAGAAAGAAAGCCGACUCAAGAAGAUGACCGAGCCCGAGACAGCCGUGUCGCCCGUCACGGACCCAGCCAACAAAGGUAUUCCCAAGGUCGGCUCGUUUGUCGUAAAGCCGGCUCCCGACACCAUGGUGAGUGGCGCGAUGUGGCGGCGCUGA